CAAUCUGUUACCUACAGGGAUGGUCGGAGUAUUGAUGGCAGUAAUGUUAGCGGCAGUAAUGUCAUCACUAUCCUCAGUGUACAACAGUGCUAGUACAAUAUUUACUAUAGAUAUAUGGCAAAGAAUACGACCAAGGGUAAUUAUACAUUUCAUUUGGUACACCAAGAAUGACCUCGCGCGAAUGCAGUGAAUUCACAAAUUUGGAUAAUUUCUCAUGCCUAGUUGUUGGUAUGUGUGUCUCUGUGUGUGUGCGUUUGUCUGAACAUAGACAAUCCAGAAGUUUGUCUUCUGGAUUGUCUAUGGUCAGAAUUACGAUAACUCAAAAAAUAUCAAAUGUAUUGAUACGAAAACUUGUGAGAUUAAUGUACAUUGCCCAAGAACAAAUAGACCUUAUGCAUAAUGACGUCACAAGCCUUGAUGUCCGCGAGGAAUACUGGUCCUAGUAGUCAUCACCUGGGAAAAUUUCGAUAGUGGCCAUUUUGAAUUGUUUAAUUUUCCCGGGCGAUGACUACCAAGACCAGCAUUCCUCGCGGGAAUCAAGCCUUGUGACGUCAUUAUGCAUAAGGUCUAUUGAUUAAAUUUUGGUUAAAUUUGGAUAAAAAUUGGAUGAGAAAUUAGCAAAAGUUUGUCUUGCUUUGCCUGGCAGAUUAAAAUGCACAUGAUAUGAAAUUUCUUAUUUUCCUGAAUGAAAGAAGCUGUAAUGUGACGUAUUUUUCAGAUGUCCGCUAAUUUAUGACGUCAUGUUGGUUGCAAGCUCCUCAAAAUGUUUGAAUAUCACUACUAUCAUCCAGGAUAAUAAUUUCAAACUUCACUCACUGGUCAAUGUGAUGAAACGCUGGAGAAAAACGUGAACUGAUAUCUACAGUUUUCAGAGUUAAUAGAUUUAUAACCAGUGUAAGUUGAGCUUGCAACCAACGUGACGCCAUAAAUUAGCGGACAUAUUCACAUUCAUUUGCAAUCAAACAAAUUGAAAUAUCUCGGGAACAAACCAUAAAAACAAGAAACUGAAAAAUAAGUUACACUACAGCUUUAAACAGUUCUUUCAUUUUAGACAAUUUUAUGUCGUAUACACUUUUUUAAAGUGAAUUAAGAUAAUUUGUAUAUGACUCACCGAGUUCAUUCUUUAGGCAAGUGACCGAGAAAAACUUAUGGUUGGCCGAGCUAUUGUCGCUGUCCUUGUGGUCCUGGGUCUCGUCUGGAUGCCUUUGAUUGAAAGUGAGAAAAUGAAAUGCUUUAAAUCCUUAUUCACAGAGGUCCAUUUGCAAAAAUCACAGCUCAAAUCAUCAAGAAAUUUGCCUAAAAAUAAGCUUGAACAAACAUUGGGGGAGGGGGGGAGGGGGUUACAUUCUCCCUUACACCACUGGUAACCACGGCCCUGAAUGCAUAACAUGCGAAAAUUACAGACAUAUAAAAUUAAACGUCAUAUUUAGUAUCUAUUGUGCCCACCAACAACACAUACAUAUCUACUUAUAUUUUUCAAGGGGGAGGCAGUGGCAAGCUAUUUCGCUACCUUCAAACCGUCCUGUUCCUAUUCGGCUCACCUAUCAUGGCCAUAUUCAUCGUGGGAUUAGUCUGGCCACGAGCCAAUGAGCCUGGCGCUCUGGGAGGCUUUCUGAUUGGCUUCUUAUUAGCAGCAGCGAGAUUUAUUACGGAAUAUAUCUAUGCCAGUCCUGCAUGUGGCGAGCCCGACACACGACCAGCGUUUGCUUCUAUACACUAUAUGUACUUUGGUAAGUGUACAAAUAUAUGCGAUUUGAGGUUUGCGGUUAACGGUCUGCCGUAAGCCAUUGGCGAACCUUGGGAGUGGUAAUUAUUUAUGGGGAGGGGGUGGGUUGGGAAAUGGGAGGGGGGCGCAAACGAAGUCUUAUCCUUAUAAAUGGGGGUCAAAAGUUUUAACACAGAGAAGGGGGGGGGGGGUCAUAAAAGUUUUUGAAUUUAAAUACCAUGUCUAGAUUUCUGAUUUCUAUAAUCACAAAUAGCAAAAAAGAAGUCUCUGAAAAUGCUAUUUCCAACAAUCUAGGGACUCAAAAUUUUCAAAAUUUCCCUGCUCGGCGCCAACGAUGGUAGCGCCUCGCGAUCGUGGGAGUCGGGCCCACUAAGUUUAACAAGCUUUCUACCCCCUGAGUGACCCAGUUGUGGUAUUUACAUAAACAUACCAUGCAACUGAUCAGAUUCGGUCUAUCAACGCACAAUGUAACGCUGUUUAUCCAAAAAUCUGUUUCAAAAAAUGCUCACAUUUCAGUCUAGGGGUGAAAACAUACAAAAAAGUUUCUGGGGGAGAAUACUCCAGACCCCCCUACUAGUACAUACGAUAUACGACACCAAACUUUUUGUCACCAACAACCAUCUGUCAUCUCUACACACUCAAUAUAGUACGGUCCCUUUUUGUAGAUGCUCACCCCCCAGACAAGUUCUUAAAAAACCCUGUGUUCAAUUCAUUUCGCUGUAUGAAGACGGGUCAUGGGUUAGGGUUAUGGUAGGACAAAUGUUGCAUUGCAAAGUAGCAACACAUAAUAUAUAUUUUUUAAUCAUAUAUGGUUGAAUCGAUCAUAUCCACCAGGGUAAAACAUCAUGAGCUAGAUUAAACAGAUUGUCCUAAUAUCUCACUUUACCUGCAACGCACACCUGGUUCAUUGCUGUUAAUUUUUCAAUCCACACUGGGGGGGGGGAGGGUCAGAAGAGUUUCUAUUUUUAUGAGGGAGGAGGCACAAAAAGUUUGCCUUCAGUCUGGAGGGGGGAUCAAAAAAGUUUUCAAUCCUUAUUUUCCCAUUUCCCAACCCCCAUCCCCAUAAAUAAUGACCACUCCCCUAGCCAUAGAAACUGGACGUUAUAUAAAAUUUUUUUAUGAUUUUCAUCAUUCAAACCUUUAGAAAUGUUGUUUGUGAUGUUACUGAAAAGUUUGCCUGACCACGGUGGAAUUCGAACCCGCGCGACCUUUGGGGUACUAGUCCAAUGCUUUACUAACUGAGCUGCGAGGUCAAGUCGGUGAUAUUUCGGAACAGAGUCUAGUUCCUUCGAUAUCAAUGUAUUCAGAGAUACGAUGAUGUCUGUGUGUUUUGGUGUUGUGUAGCUACUCGGGUAGAUUCGAUUCCCACCGUCGUCAGGCUAACGUUUCAGCUCGCUCACCCAUCACAAACAUCAUAUUCACCUGAGUACAUAACACCAGCACGCACAGAAUUUAUCAUAUCUGAGAAUACAAUGAUAUCGAAGGAACUAUAUAGACUUUGUUUCGAAAUAUCACCAACUCGAACCGACUUGACUUCGUAGUUCAGUUGGUAGAGCAUUGGACUAGCAUCCCAUAGGUCGUUGGAUUGAUUCCCACCGUGGUCAGGCAAAAUUUUCAGCUUACCUGGUGUAGAUGCACACUCAGAGGAACAUCACAAACAUUGUAUUCGCCUGAGUACAUAACACCAACACACGCAGAAAUAUGAUACUUUAGAAAUGAGGGUAAAUGUAAAGAAAUGAUUAUAUUAAAGAAAGGACGAUCAGAGGAUUGUGUAUCACCAAUUUAUGGUUUUGAACGGCACUCUAGUCUUGAAAUACUGGGGGUAACCUUUGAAAUGACAAGCAGAUUUGAGAAAUGUAUUAAGAAAAAGUUGGUGAAAGCAAAUAAAUGCUUGUUAGUAAUUCGAAAGCUGAGGAAUGAAGAAUACAGUCAAGACGAAUUAGAUCUUCUUUUUAGGUCACUGGUCCUGUCACAACUUACAUAUGGCUUAUCAGUCAUUGCUGCAUCACCGCCGGAGUUAACAACUAUUCAAAACUUCUUAACUCGUUGUUAUAAAAGAAGAUACACAUCAGAACAAAUAGAUAUUAAUAUACUGUUAGAGCAGACAGAUAGAAAGCUGUUUGAAAAGCUGUGUAAACAAAACAAUCAUCCGUUAAGAGAAAUUUGUCCAAAAAUUAAAGAAUAUACAGUUAAACUUAGAACACAAGAGGCACAGUGGCCAAACAUUUCUACCGAGCGUUUUAAAAAUAGUUUCAUCAAUAGCAUGACCAGUUGCCAUGCAUGUUUAGCUUCGCCAAUCGUAAGGUAUCUAAUAACGCAGGCUUUAUUUUUCUUUUCUUGGAAUAAUUCUGUUUGUUGUGACUGUGACAACCAUCAUCACAUUAAGUCUCCUAACUAAACCGAUCCCAAGAGAAGAACUGGAUGGCUUGACAUGGGUCACGUUAAAGAAUAAGCCUGCAUUGGAAACUAAACAUCAGCAAGGAAUUAGUAAUGUUGGCUUCUCUUCCGACAAAGGUAAAAAAAAAACACAUCAAAAUAUCUACUAGCAUAUUUUGCCUUUCUUUAUUUUGCUUCACACAGUAGGCACAACGUCAAAAAAUUUCUUUUGUGUUUAACCAUCGUUCUUUGUUCCAUUUUCCCCCUAAUUUUUUUGUAAAUUUCUCCACAUUUUAGCCAUCAUUCUUAAUUUUUAAUCGGUGUACUCAAAUAUAUUUUUUUGUCUUCCGCUGUCCAAGUCAUGCAAAACGGAAUUAAAACUAUUGGAGAGUGUGCAGAGGCGAGCUACGCGUUUCAUCCCCAUUGCAGAAAAGUUUAUUAUUAUUUUGUGUUUGUUGGUGUUAUGUAUUCAGGUGAAUAUGAUGUUUGUGAUGUUACUCUGAAUGUGCAUCCACACCGGGCAAGCCGCUGAAAAGUUUGCUGACUGAAAGCUUGGCCACGGUGGAAAUCGAACCCGCGACCUUUGGAAUACUAGUCCAAUGCUCGGCCAACUGAGUUACGUGGUCAAGUCGGUUCGAGUUGAUGAUAUUUCGGAACCGAGUCUAGUUCCUUCGAUAUCAGUGUAUUCCGCUAUGAUAUGAUUAUUUUGUGUGUGUUGGUGUUAUGUACUCAGGUGAAUAUGAUUUUUGUGAUGUUACUCUUUGUGAUUUUACUCUGAGUGUGCAUAUCGAAGGAACGAGACUCGGUUCCGAAAUAUCAUCAACUCGAACCAACUUGACCACGUUGCUCAGUUGGCAGAGCAUUGAACUAGUAUCCCAAAGGUCGCGGGUUCGAUUCCCACCGUGGCCAAGCAAACUUUUCAGCUUGCUCGGUGUGGAUGCACACUCAGAGGAACAUCACAAACAAAAGAUUAUUAUGUCCGACCCAACUACAAGUCUCGCUUGAUUAGUCUCAACCUGCUUCCUAUUUCGUACAGGUUGGAGUGCCGUGACUUAUGCUUUGUUUUUAAGUAUAUGAGCGGCGGUUCAUUUAAUGUACAGCUUGAAGAUUACUUACAAGUCUCGAGUGGUUGCACAAGAAGCUCUACUGAUAGUUUGAAUCUGUAUCAAGUACACCGUCUCCGUAUACUUCAUUAUUUAGAGACUCCUUCUUUAAUCGUGUUGCAAAGCUUUGGAAUAUAUUGUCUACCACUUGAAAUACGCAAAUCAUCUUCCAUCAUUGCGUUUAAAUCCUCUUAAGUUACGGAAUUCGUUUUCAGUGAUACGGACAGAUUAAGUACAUGGAAAAUAAUAGCCUAUGUUCUUCUUGUAGGUCUAUUGGUAUCCCUUCCUGUUGUUAGUAGGGAGUUUAAGAUCCCGACAACGAACAGCGGGUACGGAGUACGCGGUUGAAAGCUUGUUCUCGCAUUCCUUUAACAAAGGCAGACAAAAUUUACAUAUCCCCAGAGCAUACUUUUCACCGUAGCGACCUUGGCUGCAGUGUAAAAAUCACAUUCUUGUGUUGUAAAACAGCAUCAAGAACAUAGCACCGAAACUACGCAUCGUUGCAGGUUGGAGAGUAUUUUCAUCAAAGAAAUGAUGAAAAUUAAAAGAUGAAACUUGCCGAACACAAAGCAGUAGUAUAGUAGGUGGUUUUUGAUCCGGAUUUUUGAGGUGGUGGAUGAGGUGGUGUGAGGUGGUGGAGUGUGAGGUGGUGGAGUUUUGAGGUGGUGGGUGUCCACCACCUCAUUUAUAAUUAAUACUCGUCCAAUUGAGGAGAAGUAAUGACGUCACUCAUUAACAUACGUCAUAAUUAUAUGCAAUGACGUCACGCGGGCAGGUUUAAACAAGAUCGGGCGAAACUUGCUGACUAGGCAUUUUUUAGCGUCUCUCCACGUGUAUGAUACAAUGGAGGGAUUAAUGUUGGCUUACUAUGAUUGGUUGCUUGAUUUAACGAGCGUCUGUAUAAAAUCGACAAGCGUCUUGUAACAAGCAUAGUUCUACAUCAGUCAUGGAGUGUCUACACGGAAAAGCUGCUGCCUCUACAACUACAAACAAUGGUACAUUUUGGUUUUGUGGGGAAAAACCAAGCUGUGAGUUUUUUUGCCCAGACGAAAAUUGUUAUAUGUAUACGAGAGCUGUAGCUGCGUUUCGUGCAAGUGGUUCUAUACAUCCCGUAUGUUCUACACAUCAGAAAUUUGCCAAGUUAUGUGUAGUCAAAGACACAAUGAAAGAUAACUACGGACGACCUUUCUUCGUAUGUUCUGAGCGAAAGAAUCCCUGCAAGUUCUGGCAAUGGGGAGACGUGUUCGAAGGUCCAAGACCGUUAUGUCAACAUGGAAUGGUGUGCUGUGAACGAAAAGUCAAGAAAGAUGGUCCGAAUCAAAACCGUCUGUUUUACUGCUGUCCGAAGGACGACUGUUGUGGUUUCUUCGAAUGGAAGCAACAAGGCCCUCGGGUGACCAACACGGGCAUCGUGCUCUUCAGUAAUCCACUACAAUACCAGUACAUGAUUGAAGAAACAGGAGAGACAUUUAAUAGUUCUAAAUCUAACACUAAGGAGGCCUAUGAUGAAUUUCGUAGAUUUGGUUUAACAAGUGAACUUGAUAAAAUAGACCUCUUGUAA